GAAGUAAUGUUUGUUUACAUACACAUGCGUUAUUUUUUCGUUUAGUUUUCGAUUUCGCGCAAUGAUAUUCGAAGUAUAUUGCUGUGUGUAUUGGAAUGUGUAUUAAAAAUAUGUUUACAAUGAAUAAUGUUUGAUAUUGCUUGCACAUAUUAUAAGCUGCUAUUUCAAAAGUUUUAAUAUUAAAUUGCGACUUCUCAGACUUAAAUAGAGUUAUUACAUAAUUGUCACAAAGAUGUCUUAUACUAACCUUUUUUCCACAAUUAGAACAGGCACAAAGAACCCAACAUUUAAAACUUUUAUGAAAACUCAUUGGCAAAUAUUUUCACGACAAUAUAUUCCGCAUGUUGCGGGUAAACCAUCAGAUUCAGUUAGAAAAUUCAAGCCUCUAUUUUAUAGGAAUUUCGGUAUCUGUUUUAAUGUUCUGCAGAAGAAUGGUUCCCAUUUAAAAGUUUUACAGUCUAAUCCUUUGUUUCAUCCAAUGAAAGGUGGUUCAUGCAGGUACUUCAGAACGUCAGCUUCUAAUUAUAAUUCAGAGGAUCCAAACAAAAAACCAGAAGAUGAUGAUGAAUCUAAAACAUCCCUGUUAGCUAAGUCUAUCAUAUGGCUGAUGAUGGCUUACAUUGCUGUGACACUAUUGUCACUUUCUUUUCCAAAUAGCAAUCAACCUGAAGUUUUACGUUUUGUCUCGUGGCAUGAAUUUUUGUAUCAUAUUUUAGCAAAAGGCGAGGUAGAGGAGGUGGUUGUUAAUCCUGAAAUGGAUCUUGUCACUAUUUAUGUGCAUGAUGGUGCUGUCAUCAAAGGAAGAAAAGUUGAGCACAAGACCUAUCAUAUGAAGAUAGCAGACAUAGAGAAAUUUGAAGAAAAACUGAGAGAAGCUGAAAAAAAUUUUGGUAUUAUGACUGGAUCAGGUGUUCCUGUAGUUUAUGAAAGAAGUCAAGAAAGUGUUUGGUUGCUGCUUUUAUCUUUGAUUGCUGCUUGUUUAAUGACCAUGCUGCUGUUCAGAAAUGUGCAAAUUAAGAGUCCACCUACUAUGGAUUUCUUUUCUCAAAUGGGCCGAGCAAAAUUUACCAUUGUUGAUUCUUUAACUGGAUCUGGUAAAGGAGUUCAAUUUAGAGAUGUUGCUGGUCUGAAAGAAGCAAAGAUUGAAAUAAUGGAAUUUGUGGACUAUCUCAAACGACCUGAACGAUACAAGACUUUGGGUGCAAAAGUUCCAAAAGGUGUUUUAUUGCUUGGCCCACCUGGUUGUGGUAAAACAAUGCUUGCAAAAGCUGUAGCCACAGAAGCAAAAGUACCUUUCUUAGCUAUGGCAGGAUCUGAAUUUAUUGAAAUGAUUGGAGGUCUUGGAGCUGCAAGAGUGAGAGAUCUCUUCAAAGAAGGCAGGAAGAGAGCACCUUGCAUCAUAUACAUUGAUGAGAUAGAUGCCAUUGGGCGUAAGAGAAGUGGAACAAGUGCUGGGGAAGGAGUAACUGGUGAAGGUGAACAAACUCUCAACCAGCUCCUUGUUGAGUUAGAUGGUAUGGCUACUAAAGAAGGUGUCAUUAUGUUAGCUUCAACAAAUAGAGCAGAUGUUUUAGAUAAGGCUUUACUUCGGCCAGGACGAUUUGAUAGGCAUAUUUUGAUAGAUCUUCCUACUUUGCAAGAAAGAAAAGAAAUAUUUGAACAGCAUUUAAAAUCAAUUUCUUUAGAAUUGUCUCCUGAUAAAUAUUCUGAUCGAUUAGCAUCCCUCACACCUGGAUUUAGUGGUGCUGAUAUAGCAAAUGUAUGUAAUGAAGCUGCUCUAUAUGCAGCUCGUAACCAAAAGAAGCAAGUGUCUGCUAGUGAUUUGGAAUAUGCUGUUGAAAGAGUUGUUGGAGGUACUGAAAAAAGAAGCAAGGUCAUAACACCUUCAGAAAAAAGGGUGAUUGCCUUCCAUGAAUGUGGUCAUGCAUUAAUAGGUUGGCUAAUGAAAUACACUGAUGCUCUCAUGAAAGUAUCCAUUGUACCAAGAACAACUAAUGUGUUAGGAUUUGCUCAAUAUCUUCCAUCUGAUCAAAAAUUAUAUUCUUCUGAAGAAUUAUUUGAAAGAAUGUGCAUGGCUUUGGGUGGUAGAGUUGCUGAAACAAUUGUUUUUAAUCAUGUUAGUACAGGAGCUGAAGAUGAUUUGAAAAAAGUUACAAAAAUGGCAUAUGCUCAGAUUAAACAAUAUGGAAUGGAUGAAGUUGUUGGACCAUUGUCAUUUCCUACAGAUGAAGAGAUAAAUUCAAAUUUUAUUGGAAAGAAACCAUACAGCAAACGCUUAGCACGUACUAUUGAUGAGCAAGCAAGGUUUCUGAUUGCAAGAGCUCAUAAAAAGGCUGAAACUGUUUUACUAGAAAAUAGAGACAAAUUGAAUGUGUUAGCUGAAGAAUUAUUAAAAAGAGAAGUGUUAAAUUAUGAUGAUAUAGUAAAACUUAUUGGGCCACCAGCUCAUGGUAAAAAAGUACUUAUAGAGGCUGUAGAUUUUGGACCUUUAGAUGAAUCUUCAAAGCAAUCCAAAAGUGGCCCUGACGAAGCUUCUUCAUAGUUUCAGAAACUUAAAUAUGUAAAAAUGUAAAUAAAGCUUUAAAUUAUUUUA